AAAUGCCAUGCAAUGUUUCGUUACCAUAGCACUUCCCUUCCCAUCCCAACCUCUCUACCGUCUCUUCGUCGUCUAUCAGUAGCAACUCCAUUCCUAUUUCGUCCAAUAAUCAGAAAGAGAAAUUGCAAAUGUAAAAUGGUUUUCGCUUUAAUUUCAAUUCGAUCAGUUCACUGCAGUGACAGAAGAAAGCUCUGGUAUAUCUUCUUGUUGUCGAAUACGGGUUUUAGAACUCAGUUCUUUAGCACCAGCACUGACUCGACUCGGUCCGAAUUUUCGGGAGAAAAUGCGUACGAUAUCUUAGGAGUUUCGGAAACCAGCUCAUUCGCCGAAAUCAAAGCCUCGUUUCGAAAAUUGGCCAAAGAAACUCACCCGGACCUCGCCGAGUCAAAGAAUGAUUCAUCAGCCUCUCAACGUUUCAUUCAAAUCCUCGCUGCUUAUGAGAUUCUUUCAGAUUGUGAGAAGAGAGCCCACUACGACAAGUAUCUGAUGUCUCAGAGAAGAGUAGUGCAGAAAUGUUCUGGAGAAGGUUCAACAUUGUACAUGUAUAAAUCCCAUAUGACGACUACUAAACAUAUGGAAGUUGUUGAAUGGUUGAAGUGGUAUAGAUUGGCUAUAAAUGAUAUAUUGUUAGAGAAGAAGGUGGUGGUUGGAACAAGCUAUUUUGAUGUACUUGAAGCUGAUUUUUAUUCAGCAAUUCAUGCAGCUUACUAUGGCCCUGCAAUUGAGUCUAUGGAUCUACUUCCAGAUUGUUUUGAGGCUGAGGAGAGGUCUGUUUAUGAAACUCCAGAAGUUAUGCACUUGGUUUCGGGACGUGACCUUUUUGGGAUGGUCUGCCUAGUUGAUAAAAUUCCUGAAUUAUCUUCUGCUUACACUAAAAAAUUGAAUUCUUUAACGUCUGCUGGUCUGGGUAUCUAUGGCUCUGUUGAGAACACUAACCUCUUCAUGAAAUCUAAUGAAGAAAAUGAUGUUGGAUCUUCUCAGAUACAUACAAGGAACAGUUUAACUCAUGUAUCAGAUGCAUAUAAAGAUUUGGAACUGCAUGUAGGUGGAAGGGUAGUUGCUGUGGCCACUAGGAUCCCUCCUAAAGACCAAUAUAAUGGUUUUCAGAAUGAAGAUGCGCAAGAUCAAAUACACGUUUUUCUUAACUCGGAUGAUAAUUCCACAAGUAUUAGAAGAGGAUUUUCCCCAGAUUCCAUUUUGGUUGGUGCAGUUGGACUAAGGAUUCCACUGGGAACUAUAACUGGAUUGGGGAAUAGCUCUGAAGAGGGAUCUUGCUUUGUCUAUGAUAAAAGUGGUACAAAAACCCAUGUCCUAAUGAAACAUAGAACAUUGCUGGUGAAGCAUAUGCACUGGUACGGAGUGGGAGAUGAAGUAUCUGUUUGUGAAUGUAGGUGCAGUAGAGCUCGAUUACCACCAAGCAAAUUUUGGCUGUUUGAGCCUCGUUGCAACAUGCAUGAUAUUGGUGGUUGGUAUGUUGAAACAUUUGGUAGGGAUAAGAAAGGUCGGACGGUUCUAUCUCAGAGGCAUUGGGAUGGCUUUAAUGGCAGUGAACAAUAUGACAAGAGACUCCAUCCAGCAAUGUAUUUAAUUGCUCUUGCAUAUAGAACUUUAGAUCUCGAAGAUGCCAAAAGAAGGAAGCAAACAUUCAGGCAUAUUGUUGAAGGUCAACUACUUAGAAUUCUCCAUUGGUGCAAGAAACUUGUUUAGCAGUGAACUCUAAGGCCUUUAAGAUGCGAUAUUCUGCUUAACCUGUCUGGCUUCGUUGAGUGCUUUAAUAAUUGGUUCUGAGGUUGAUCGGUGAUUUGUCAUUGUGCAUUACCAUUUAAUUGGCCAAGGCAAUUGCUAUAGCAAGUAGAAAUAUUUUCUGCGAUAUAUCUGUUGGGAUAUUUUGUAGGACAAUUCUUUGGAAUUCUUGGUGCACCAAUUUUACGUGAAGGGGAAGGCAUUUUGGGUGUUGAACAUCAGACCUAAAUGCUUUGGUUAUGGCAUAUUCAAAUGAUUAUUCUGUUUUCAAGCUUCAAGAAUAAGCUUAUAUUGGAUUUAGAGUGAAUUCUUCAAAAUCCAUCAUUCCAGAUCGAACUGGAUUGCCGGCAAUUUUUUCAGAAUCUAUAACUGUGAAUCCAGCCCAUGUAGAUGAGUUCAGUGGUAUACGGAAAACAUGGUUCCUUUCAAUGCUGCUAACAAGGUCUGGAAAGAUGGAUCAUUGAAUACCUUCAGGGACACAACUCUCUUCUUGUGCCUUGUCAUCUAUUCUAAUAGCAUAUAUUUGCCAACAUUUGCACCUAUGUGUUCUUGAAGUUAUUCUCUGGCAUUGUCCAUCAUCAUGGAUGGGAGAGGUGAUAUUCCUGUGUCUCAAACAUUGUUGAUCUAAAUAUCAUACAAAUAUGUGUCUUAGCAGUUGAUUUGGAUGUGGAUCACAGGAAGUGGCUUGUUGGGGAGGAUAUCAAUGGUAUCUUGAGAACAAUUCAAUUGCAUUAGUGCAACUGACCAGUGCUUCUUUUGCUGCUUUCUAUGUAUACUUUGUUAUAAUAAACUUCAGGCCCAACUGGAAACUUUGCUGUAUUUUCUUUUUGAUUCCAGGGGUCUUGUAUGUAGGUGAGGAAACUGGCUUCUUGUGUUGUACUCUUGUAGGUAAUCAAGAUAUUGGUUUAUUUUA